CAGACCUUUAACUCUUGAGCCAUUCAUGUUGGUUUGUCUAAGCCUCUUCGUGACUCGUCGAGCUCGCACGCGGCAGGCCCAUCAGCGGCGCUUGCGAUUGGCGGGAGGCACCGCACCAGAGUUUGGAUCCCGUGUUGUUGUGAGUUCUCUUGGCGCAGACGGCAAAGAAUUGACCACUGAUUGUUAUGCUCCAGCUCAUCGUUGCAUUCGCAAGUAUCGCCCUGCUGUCACUUUCUCCUGUUCGAAGAUUCAAGUACGAGUUGUUCUUGAAGCUACACCUGCUGCUCUCCUUUGCAAUAAUUGCGUCUCUAUUUUGGCACUUGCUUCCUGGCACUGCGAGGCACAUCCUCUAUCCCCUGAUUGCAAUUUCUUUAUGGUUUUUGAGCUCAAUUAUUCGUUUAGGGCAGCUUCUUUAUCACAAUUUAGGCAAAAGGAUAACCCAUCAACAAGUUUUGAUCACAAAAUACCAUCACUCCCCACGCACUCUGGGAAAUAGCGUCUAUCGGAAGGUAGGAGCGCUGAAACUUCAAGUCAACCUAAAACGGCCGAUGACAGUUAAGCCUGGUCAGUAUCUUUACCUUGGUACUAAUGAUCUUCAACUUCGACAUAGGGUUCAGUCUCAUCCAUUCGCCCUAAUGUGGUGGGAAGAUGCAUUUGCUGCAGUGGGUCCUGAUGCCGUACCUACGAGGGCUAGACAGCUGACCUUUCUCAUCGAACCACGAGAUGGCAUGACAGCAAGAUUGACGAAAGAGAAUUCCUUGAGCCAUCUCAUCCUAGAUGGUCCCUAUGGCCAAGAUCAUCGACUUCAGCGAUAUGAUACUGUUGUGCUUGCGGCCAGCGGUAUUGGCAUAGCUGCCAUGCUGGGAUAUGCUAAGCAAUUGAUAUGGUGGGCAUCGAAUUCUGCGCAAAGACGCAAUGUGGUUCUAUCGAGUCAGGCAAGGCUGAAGAGAGAAAAGCAGUGAAGCAAGAAUCCAAGUAAACGAUGGGAGCUGCCAUCUCUUUAUACUUGCAAUAGGGACUAAAAUCGCAACCGAACUUAAGAGUUAAAGUGAAUGAAAUGCUUCAGAAACCACAUUCCCAAUUCCCAUAUUGUAGUUUACAAGUAACCGAGAAGUGGCUCGGCCAAUAGAGGAAAAGUGGGGCCACGUGACAAAGCGCUUGAUUGAGCGUUAGCACUUGAUUGGGCGAUAUGAUCGCUUGGGUAUAGGAG